AUAUAUUGUUUGGUCCACCACAAUUAUUUGGUGAGCCUCGAUUAUUUUUUUAUAGACAUUUACUAUAUAUAUAUCUACAUAAUUUUUUUCAUUAUUAUUGAUCGGCACGACACCAUAUUUUUGUUUUUGUCAUUAUGAACUCUCCGGGUAAACUUAUUGAUAUUGAUAGUUCACCGACCAACCUUCUAAACUCUCCACAACCAGAGGAUAAUGUUUUAAACUCAAUCAACGCUAUCUCGGAACUAAGAUUACCAACGUACGGUGUUAAUAAUCCCAGGAUCUGGUUUGCACAAGUUGAGGCAUUAUUUUUGUCGAGAGGUAUACGCUCGCAAGCGACAAAAUAUGCAUACGUCGUUGGAGCAUUACCCAUAGAAGUGGCAGCAGAAGUCGGAGACCUGAUAGAUAACGUACCAGAAACGGACCCCUAUGACAAAAUAAAAGCCGCAGUAAUCCACCGUACUUCGCAGUCUGAUGAAAAACGCUUACAGCAACUACUCACCGCAUGCGAGUUAGGGGACAAAAGACCUUCACAGUUGCUUAGACAUAUGAGACAACUAGCAGGUUCAUGCAAGUUAGACGAAGCAUUACUUAAGCAGAUGUGGUUACAAAAGUUACCUUAUAGCGUCAGAUAAAUUCUCAGCGUAUCAGGAGCCUCUGUCAGUCUUGAUGAUUUAGCAGACAUGGCCGAUAAGAUGAUAGAAAUAUAUCCCGAUAGUCGGGAAAUUUACGCAGUACAACCCGCUAGUAGAGAUGCUAUGAACCCUACUCUUGACAUGCAGCAUCAAUUGGCACACUUAACACGUCAGCUAGCAUCACUGCAGGCGACUAUCUCCACCAUCCAUUCUCGACGCCCCAGAUCUAGGUCCAGAAGGAGAUCAUUAACCAGACAUCGUCUUAGGUCACCUAAGCGGGCAGCCGGAAUUUGUUGGUAUCAUUCGAAUUAUGGUCAGAAAGCACGUCGUUGCACAAAACCGUGCAACUUCACUACAAGCAAGUCAGACCAUCAGGGAAACGAAGUGG